AUGGCCGACGUUGCCAACCUCGAGGCCGCCCUAGAGCGCACCACGAUUCACGAUGAGAACGAAGACCAGGUCGCGUCUAGCGCGACAAACUCCAAGGCGAAGAAGCCAUCGGUAGCCGGUCUAUCGUCUUCGCAAUCAGCAGCCAACCGCAUGAAGCUGCCCCAUCAGAUGCCACUGCAGAAGAUCGCAACACAGAAUGCAAAGACGGCAAACAUGGCCAAGGCCGCCCUUGCAGAGACCGCCAGCCGGCCGUCAGAGCAACAAGUUUCGACUCACCGCCGCACCCAGACCGAGUCGGCCAUCUACAGCGUCCCCAGGAAUCCGGCAGCACCCAAACAAUGGCAUCUUGGCAUGUUCGAGAUUGGCAAGCCCCUGGGAAAGGGCAAAUUUGGUCGUGUUUAUCUCGCCAAGGAACGCUCCAAGGGCUUUGUUUGUGCGCUCAAGGUUCUCCACAAGUCUGAGAUUCAACAAGGCAGGGUCGAGCUUCAGGUGAGGCGAGAGAUUGAGAUUCAAUCACAGCUCGCCCACCCCAACAUCCUGAAGCUGUUUGGCCACUUCCACGACGCCAAGCGCAUCUUCCUCAUUUUGGAGUUUGCUGGAAAGGGAGAGCUAUACAAGCAUCUCCGCAAGGAACAGCGCUUCCCGGAAUGGAAAGCUGCCCAGUACAUUGCCCAAAUGGCUGCUGCGCUCAAGUACCUCCACAAGAAGCACAUCAUGCACCGCGAUAUCAAGCCUGAGAAUAUUCUCGUCGGUAUCCACGGCGAAAUCAAGAUUUCGGAUUUUGGUUGGUCAGUCCAUGCACCCAACGACCGCCGCAAAACAAUGUGCGGAACUCUGGACUAUCUCCCACCAGAGAUUCUUCGCAACAAGAUCAAAGGCCCUUCUGAGAGCAUUCCCUACAACAACAAGGUUGAUCUGUGGAGUCUGGGUGUGUUGACGUACGAGUUCCUGGUGGGCGAGGCACCGUUUGAGGACCCUCCGGCCAUGACCGAGUGCAGAAUUGUAAGGGCAGACUACAAGGUACCAAAGUAUGUCAGCCCAGAAGCGCGAGAUCUGAUUAAGCGGUUGCUUGUUCUGAAUCCUGAGGAGCGCAUUGCGCUGGAGGAUGUUGAGAAGCAUCCGUGGAUCAUUAAGCACUGCAAAGGCAGCGCCAGGGCGUAUGAACGUACUUCUGCUAAGAGCCGCGGUGGCUCAGAGGCGUCUCAGGAGAGCGUCUGA